AAGUAAAGAGGAUUUGGCUUUUCUUCUUAGAAAAAAGACCUAACUUUUCAUUACAUAUUUUCUCAAAUCCCUUCCGUCCGUUCCUUCCUCCAUCCAAUUCGAUUCCUUCCUUCUUCUGAUUUUACUCAAUUCAUUCAUUGAACAGUCGAUCACUUUCCAUUUUUUACAAUACUAUUUUCACGAAAUUUCCCCUCUUUGAUUCUCCCCAUUUUAUCUUCUUCCUUUUUGAUUCUUGGGUUUGUUUCCUGUUAAGAAUCCAGCUUCAUUUUUUUAUAUGGUCCGUCGAUUCUCCCCGAAUUCAAUGGCUUCUUUCUUUCAUCCGACGGUUUCUAUAAUCAACACUUUCGUUUUCCCUCGUCAUUGAUUUCCGUUUUCUUCCACUAAUCUUUCUUGCCCUUUCCCUGAUUUUGAUUCUUGUACUUGGGGGAGAGAGAGAAUCUUAUUUAAUUAAACAAGGGAAUUUUUUUUUAAAAAAAGGAGAAAUAUGAGGAUGGUGAAGUCUCAGAUAUGGCAACCCUGUAAGAAGAAGAGGUCUUGAUCGGAAGGAUCUAGAAAAAGAGAGGGAUAUAGGGUCGGGCAGAGAGAGAAAGAGAGAGAGAUAGAGAGGGAGAGAGAGAAAGGGGUUAUCGGAAAUGGACGGCGGCGGUGUGAGGUUGAAGGCGGCGAGUUCGAGCAAUGGUGGAAGAACCCGCGUGGGAAAAUACGAAUUGGGUAGAACCCUUGGGGAGGGUAACUUUGCCAAGGUUAAGUUUGCUCGGAAUUCGGAGACCGGGGAGAACGUGGCGAUCAAAAUUCUUGAUAAGGAGAAAGUUCUUAAGCAUAAGAUGAUCAGUCAGAUUAAACGUGAGAUAUCAACGAUGAAAUUAAUUAGGCAUCCAAAUGUCAUCCGUAUGAUUGAGGUGAUGGCUAGCAAGACCAAAAUAUAUAUUGUGUUGGAGUUUGUCACUGGUGGGGAACUAUUUGACAAGAUUGUUAGUAGAGGCAGGAUGAAGGAAGAUGAAACAAGAAAGUAUUUUCAGCAACUUAUUAAUGCUGUGGAUUAUUGUCAUAGCAGAGGCGUUUUUCACAGAGAUCUAAAGCCAGAGAAUUUGCUGCUUGAUGCUAAUGGCGUUCUUAAAGUUUCAGAUUUUGGUUUGAGUGCACUGCCUCAGCAAGUUCGGGAAGAUGGGUUACUGCACACAACAUGUGGGACACCAAAUUAUGUUGCUCCAGAGGUGAUCAAUAAUAAAGGCUACGAUGGGGCAAAGGCUGACUUGUGGUCAUGUGGUGUAAUUCUUUUUGUUUUGAUGGCUGGUUAUCUACCCUUUGAAGAUUCCAACCUGGUUGCGUUGUAUAAGAAGAUACACAAGGCUGACUUCACUUGUCCACCAUGGUUCUCUACAAACGCAAAGAAACUUAUCAAAAGAAUUCUGGAUCCCAAUCCCUCAACGAGAAUUACUAUUCCAGAGGUCAUUGAGAACGAAUGGUUUAGAAAAGGUUAUAAGCCGCCCACUUUUGAACAAGCUGAUAUAAGUCUUGAUGAUGUGGAUGCUAUCUUCAAUGAAACAGGGGUAAGCAAAGUACAUUUGGGUAUUUCUAAUCCCACAUUUAAGCACGAUCUUCACAAUGCCCUUGGCAUUCAGGAUUCGGGUAGUCUUGUCGUGGAAAGGAAAGAGGAAGGAUCUAAAUCCCCUCUUACGAUGAAUGCGUUCGAGCUUAUAUCUAAAUCUCAAGGACUCAACCUCAGUUCUCUUUUUGAGAAACAAAUGGGGAUUGUUAAACGGGAAACAAGAUUCACAUCCAAUCGACCUGCAAAAGAGAUCCUUUCUAAAAUUGAGGAAACUGCAACGCCUUUGGGUUUUGAUGUGAAGAAAAAUAACUACAAGAUGAAACUUCAAGGUGAAAAAACAGGUCGUAAAGGCCAUUUAUCAGUGGCAACAGAGAUUUAUGAGGUUGCUCCGUCACUGUACAUGGUUGAGCUCCGCAAGGCUGGAGGAGAUACAUUAGAAUUUCACAAGUUUUAUAAGAGUCUCAAGACUGGGCUGAAAGAUAUUGUCUGGAAACACGAAGAGGAUCCGGAUGAAGGAGAGACUGGUGCUAGUGUCUCACAGUCGUCGAGGUAAUUAUUUUCUUCUCCGGAAGUUGUUUUAUAUUGGUUGAAGUUUGCGAGAGUGAUAAUACAGUCAACUUCUUGUACCUUGAUUUUAAAUUCACAUCGUUUUGCUGUCAUUUGAUUUAACCAAGAACUUCUUUCGUUAUUGACAGCAGCACAUUUGAGUCUGUAUUGUGGUUUCAUCCAUUACGUCAUAAAUAACUAAAAUAUUGUUUCUACACGUUAAUAUUGUCAUUGCAAAAUAAUAGUUUUAUCUUCUAUA